AAGGCUAGAAAAUAAGCUACAGCGCGACCAGGAAAAUAGAGAAAAGAGGGCUCUAGACAACAUGAGAUCUCAACUGAGCCGGCGCAUAAAGCACCUUGGUGGAUUGCCCGAGGAAAUAACUGAACAUAUCAAAGUUUUUCUUGAUUCCCCCAACAAUCAACCCCACCAGAAGGCCCAGAACCCUGAUGCACAGCUCUUGAGGGAGCUACCAGCAACCAACGACUUUAAAAAGCUUCCUCUAGAAUGGGUACGAAAAGCUAGGGAUACUCCAACUGUUAUUGAAGUUCCAAACCUGAUUGUGCCGGAUCUCAGGGACGUCGACUGCGAUGCCGUGCUAGCUCAUCUAUUGUCGAGAAUAAAGGACCUCCACAGGGGUAGAUACGCAGACUUUCUUGAGUCCGAGGAGGGAACAAAGCUACAAGAAGUGCUUUGGAACGCAUUGAUCCCUCCAGUCAAAGAAGCUUGUAAAGAUGGAAGCUUUACUCUUGAAAGGUUGAGAUCCUUUGGUGGAGAGCCACAGAAAUGCAAAGAAGCUGGAAUUUAUCUCCAUAUUCUAUGGAAGAAAGACAACCCAGAUCGAUUUUGGCUGUAUGUUGGACAAGCCAUCAACCUUUCAAAACGCAUUGGCGACCACGAAGACUCAGAUUAUCGAAGGGAUAACCCUUCUCUGCAUUACUAUGUUUGGGAUAUGGAAGGAGGGCUUGCUUCGGAGUUCGUCACCCUGGCUAUCUUCAAUGAAGCAAGUUUGCCGCAAAUUUCCAGACACUACAUUCUUAACCUAGAGGAGAUGUGGAUGGCCUGUAUUCUCCAAACACUGAGAGCAACAGACCUGGAGAAAUACCUACCUCAGGCCUCAAUGCCGUGGGCUGGAUUUCAUUUGAAUAUUGCGCCACCCAUCUGGCAACGUUUCCCCGGAGAAGUGGGCGAAACUGCGACAAAAGGUCCCUCACGAGAGGACUUCAUCCAGCUUAUUUUUUCAGGCCAAUGCAAGCAAAUGGAUUACGCCGAGGAACUAAGGAAAGCUUACCAUAGCCUCUGCAACUCGCCCGACAAGCGACUGCGACAGUAUUACCUGGACAACCAAAGGCGAGCAUCCGGAUUAGGGACAAAUGCAUGGCAACAAAAGAAGUAUACAGCUUACCAGACCUUCCUUGAACAUGGAGUUGAAAAAAGAGUCAAAGAAGUGGCGGGAUCUAUUCAGAUUAACCUUAACGACUACACAUUCAUAGUCAACCGACAGCUUAAAUCCCCAAUAUCUCCUGGAGACUUGGUACAUAUACAGCUCUUUCUUACAGAGACACCUAGCCCACUGCGCUACUGCCAACGAGCUCAGUUGACAGACCCCUCGAGCCGAUUACUCGUUUUGAUAAAGGCCAGUGAUGAGUUGAAGCAGAAAGGAGGGGAGGAGUUUCAUAGAUGGCUUUUUUGCAACGGUUGGGAUGUGCCUAGGCGCAUGAAUUCACUGGUUGAUACCCUUGAGGGUAUGAGCUACGAGCAAUCUGUUCAAGAAGAACGGCGCAUUCGGAGGAGACGAGAGGAUGGAAAACUUAUUACUAUUCAUUCAUAGUCAGAGAAUUGAACAGCGC